AAAACAUCAAUAACAAAACAACUAAAAAUGUACUCUGCUAGCUUCUUGGUUUUGGCUUUGGCCGUUUUCGGAGCCUCCGCUAACUGCGUUCUCUCCAACGUUGGCAUGAACGGUAUGUCCGGAUUGAACGUCGUUUCUGGACUUAACGGAUUGACCGGAAUGAACGUCGUUUCUGGACUUAACGGAUUGACCGGAAUGAACGUCGUUUCUGGACUUAACGGACUCAACGGACUCAACGGACUCAACGGACUUAACGGACUCAACGGAUUGGGAGCCUUGAACACCGGAAUGACCACCGCUGUUGCCUCUGCCCCAGUUGUCGAAGCCCCAACCGUCCGUCUUCCAUCCGUCGUCACCCCAGCUUCCGUUCAAGAAGCCUGCAACUGCGUCAACACCGUUGUCAGACCAACCGUCCGCAAGGAAGUCUACUCUUUCCCAUCUGUCCAACGUUUCGUCCAAACCACCUCCACCCCAAUUGUUGAAACCGUCCCAUACGUCACCGGAAGUGCCACCGAUGUUCCAACUGCCUCCGUCCCAGUCGUUGCUCAAUCCACCGGAGUUAGCGGUGUCAACGUUGUCUCUGGCGUCAACUCUGGAUUUGGUGGUCUCGUCUCUGGAAUGAACUCUGGACUUACCGGUGUCGUCUCUGGACUUAACAACUUCAACGUCGUCUCUGGACUUAACAACGUCAACGUCGUCUCUGGUGUCAACUCUGGAUUUGGUGGUCUCGUUUCUGGUGUCUCCUCCGGAUGCGGAUGCGGAAACAACUUGGUCCUCUAAAUUAAAAAACUUCAUUUCUCUCCAACUUAAUAUGAAGCAUAACUUAUAACAUUUAGAGUGAUUCCAGUUGUGUUUUUUUUCUUUUCUUAACACACGCAUCCGUUUCACUUAUUCCAUCAUAAAAGCUGGAGUAAUGUUUGUUUUGUUUAAUAAAAUAAAUCUCAUCCAUUCAU